AUGACGAGAAACUAAGGCAUGCGAGUACGAUACUCGUUCGGGCCUAAUCGGACUCGGAGGUACUGAAUAACCAUUUGCAGUGCACACGAGGCUCGUUACGAGAAUCGUGCUUAUCCUUUCUACGACCAUGAGGCGAGUAAGUAAUCUUCUUUGGUGAUAAAAUAAUGAUGAAGAAAAACGUAAGUGUUUUGCGUUGCGCAGAAUCGCAGAAAUGCUCGCAUUUGGACCGGCUCUACAGCGCGUCGUGGUCUCAUGAUCAGUCAUGUGACCGUGUUUUUUCAAGCUCUGACCAUCCAUCCGUGUCAGACUGUCAGUGUCAAGACUCAAAAUCACUUCAUCAUGGACCUCGGCGAGAAUAUAAACACCCCCGACGACUCGUCUCCUGACGCUACUCAAUGUUCUCUGCUCUGAAAAGCAAGAAGAGAAUACGGGAGGAGGAUUCGCCAGCACCCGAGAAGUUGAACAAGCGGAAGACGGUUAAGCUUGCAGAAGAUAUUGCGUUGGCUCCAGGCCCCUCGAUAUUGCAAGACAAAACUAACAAUAGCGCAGAUGACGAGGCUAUUGGAGGUACCGAAGACAAUGAAGAUAUACAAGAAGUUCCUGUGGAUCAACGACGCUGGACGUCUUCGAGGGAGAAAGUCGGCAAACUAUCAACAGUAUUUAGUUUACGAGACCCAGACACUACCCCUCCUUCAAAAAAACUGGCCAAAAAGACAGCAAUACUAGAGCGUCUAAGGAGUUCAUUUUCGGCGCGACAAUCCAAGCAGUCGCCAGAUCAAAGGCAGGUACAAGAUGACCUGCUCUCGAUCCUGUCCGCACACCUUGAUGUAUAUUAUCCUGCGCUUUCUCUCGAUGACCACCGAUAUAUACGCGAGGUCAUUGCAUUGCACGCGUUGGAUCACAUCACAAAAAAGCGAAGACGAGUUCUGAAGAACAACGAACGUCUCGCACAUGCGAAGGCAGCAUCAGUUUCGCCUCCAGAGGACGUUCAAGAUCAAGGUUUCACCCGACCCUCCGUACUCGUUCUUCUCCCGUUUCGCUCAUCGGCACUCGCUUGGCUCGAUGCAUUUACCGCAUAUACGCCAUCUCCGGCAUAUCAAAUAGAAAACCACUCCCGUUUCCUGUCUGAGUACGGUCUUCCACCUGAUGCAGUCGAUAAGCUGGCUGUUGCAGAACCAGGGACAUACCCUCGAGAUCAUGCCGAGACUUUCAAGGGCAAUGUCGACGAUAAUUUCAGAGUUGGAAUUAAACUCACAAGGAAAAGUGUCAAACUGUUCGCUGACUUUUACGGCUGUGAUCUUAUUCUUGCAAGUCCGCUCGGUUUGAGGAUGUCAAUCGAGAAGGAAAAAAGCGCAGAUUUUUUGUCAUCGGUCGAAAUAUUGGUGAUUGACCAAAUGAACGCACUAGCAAUGCAAAAUUGGGAGCAUGUCCAGUUUGUCCUUUCGAACAUGAACAACCUGCCGAAAGACUCGCAUGACGCGGACUUCUCGCGUAUCAAGCCAUGGUAUUUAGACGGCCAUUCUGCGUACCUUCGACAGUCUAUCCUCUUAUCACCGUUCGAGGCGCCAGAAAUGAGAGCGUUAUUUAAUAACACCCUCAAAAAUACUGCGGGGAAGGUCAGAGUCGAAAAAAUAUGGCCUGCCAUACAGGUUCCAGAGUCUAUCGAUCAAACAUUUAUUCCUUUCGACUGUGCAAACCCCAAGGACGAACCCGAAAAGCGAUUCGCUUAUUUCACCACUCAGCUACUACCAAGGGUGCUUAAAUCCGCGGUACAGAGUGCCAACACAGUAAUCUUCAUACCUUCGUCAUUCGAUUUCAUUCGCGUGCACAACUACUUCCGGAAGCAGACUUCCGUGAGCUUCACCGUACUCUCUGAGUACUCCACUAAUCAGGAUAUUUCUCGAGCGCGACAAACCUUUUUCUCCGACAAAAAGGCAUUUUUGCUCGUCAGCGAGCGUUUCCAUUUCUACCGCAGAUACAAAAUCAGAGGCAUCCGCAAUCUCAUUUUCUACGGUCCUCCGGAACACCCUCAAUUCUUCUCCGAAUUCCUUUCUUUCCCAUUCCUCGACGACGAGGUGGAGGCUUCUGAUGUAGUGUCAAGAGUCAUUUAUUCCAAGUAUGACAAGUUCAGGUUGGAAAGGAUCGUUGGGACAAAUGGUGUGAAGGGUCUUCUGGAAGGUCUCCCAUAGUUUCAAAGCGAUGCUGUCUUACUGCAUUACGGUUUCCUUGAUUGAAACUGUUGCGGGCGUGGGUCCAGAACAAUUCAACCAUUGAAAGACCACUAUUUUCUGAGGUAUAAUAAUACCGAACCCCGUUCUUCCUUUGGCUCGCGCUACCUUCGAUUGAUAUUACUCAUUACUAGGCCCAGUUUGAAGAAAACCUGGACUUGCCAGCACGACACUCGGGGGACCCUCCGCGAUUUUCGUUCCCAACCGCGUGGUUGUGGAAGAUUAGAAAUAUGCUUGAAGACAAAUGGGUUGUCUCGCUUCGCGAACCGCGAGCGAAUGUUCGAGUUCAUUGUAUGUAUGUACGUCUGAUAUACAGCCAUGCAUUUACGCGCCAGAUUAGAAGC